UUUUAUUUUCGACGUCCUAAUUAGCGGCUCGAUAGCGCCAACUGACGGGAACGUAAUUAGAUCGAUGGAGACGCUAUCGUCGUACGGUAAAGAAGAUGACGACUGUUCAUCCGGGAGCACCGAGGUGGUGUGUAGUGUAGCUUACGUGGGACCUUUUCAUCGAAGGGAAAACUGUCAAAAACAUGACAACUACAAAUUAUUUAGACUUAGACAUAAAUAAAUUAUUCGAGGAGCACACCAUUAAGGAGAUCGAGGAAAUUAAAAAAAAAAUCCAACUGGAAAGUGAUAGAAAGAAAAUAGAACUACGAACAUUAGUCGGGGAAAGAUAUCGGGAUUUGAUAUUGGCCGCUGACACUAUUGGAAAAAUGAAGAUAACGUCCGAGGAAGUCACCUCAAAAAUUGCUAACAUAGAGGACAAAUUUAAGGAAUUACAGAAGAAGUAUCUUAUUGGUUUUAAAACUGAGCCGAUGGAAGAUAAGCUGCACAGGAGGGAAGAACACAUAUUGGAUUCUGUUAUCAUUCAGAUUAAGAUUCUGAUAGACAUUCCACAGUACAUCUGGAUGAGUAUCGAGACUCAGAACCUGCUCUUCGCUACACAGUUAUACAUAAUAGCGCAACAUAUAAAUUACAGUUUGAUGUUUGAAAUAGGCAGCGCGGAGCUGUUUCGUAAAUAUCCAAUUGUUUCCAAACAGUGGGAUAUCAUCACUCAAUUUAAGAACAUUAUAUGUAACGAGUGUAACAAGAUAUUGCAGUCAUUGGAUGUCUCCACCAUAAAUGCUGCAAAUUGUUUGGCUUCGCUCGUAUUUUUAAACGAGUCUUCGUUUGUGAACCUAUUAGAAAAAUUGAUAUCCACAAGAAAUCAUGCCAUCGAGACUGUUCUUAAGGAAGAAAGUCACAGCAGUGUGAAAAAUAAGCUCAAGCUUUGCAUAAAAAUACUUAUACAGACCGUUCACUUGAUAUAUUCUUGCUUCAUAAAUGCAGACAAUGCACCGGGAGGUUUGGUUCUGCAGUUCAUAACAGACAUAAAGGAUCAACAAGCGUAUCGCUUGCUGACGCAACUCGAUUUGAACCAGGAUUUACUCGAAGAGUUCCUGCCAUCCGUUUCGAAAAGUCACAAACCAUUCGUUCAGGAUGUGCCGACAAGCUUCCCUUUAACGGUUCUCCAAGGGAGCGUUAAGUCCUGGCUGAACUGGGUCGAUGGCUUUUCCACUCGCGAGGUCACCAAAUUGUUAAAUUUAAUAGUUUCUGUUAAAGGCCUGUACAACGUCCGGGAAGAAGCGGUGAGUGUGAAUCUACCAGAAAACUGGAACUCCAUAUGGGAAGAGUUGUCCCUGCCGAGGAUAAGCUUCUGGAUGGAAUUCUUCCAACCCAUCAUAACCAAACGGGCAAAGUGUAUCAUAAUGGACAAAUGGACGGAUGCGCUCGCCGAUUUGAAAUCCAACAUGGUGGAAUUGCUGGACAAGGUAGCCCACGAGAAGUUCGAAUUCCCGGAGCACGAUCUGCGAUGGUUCGUGUGGAAGGACUCGCCCACGGACAUUCCGCAGAAGCUGACGAAAAACGGCGGAUUGGAUAACAAGAGGUCCCUGCUGAUGAAGGCUACGGGCUACUCGCCGAACGUGAUGAAACUUUGCGAGAACUUCGACGACAGUCUGCACGCGUUGUUCUCCGACCUCGAGCAUUACCUGUACGAGACCGAGCGAGUAACGACGAUCAAGGAUAGCUUGUUUGCGGCGAGCGUGUCCUUGAUCGCGAACUCGUUCUCCGAUCGCAACGAGGUUCAGGAGCACCUGCAGACGGUCAGCACCGACAUGAUCGAGGAUCUCACGCGGUUUAUAAAGGAUACAUGCGUCAAUGGCAGGCCCGAGCACGGUCAGCGCGAUAUAAACGCCAUCGUACUGGCGAGAUUCCUCUUCGCCUUGACGACGUUGUGCCCGAACUUGACCAAGUGUUUCACGAUGCCGUCGAAAGCAUCCGGCAUCGUCGCGAACGUGAAGUGGCGAGCCGUUUGCGACGGUCUGAAGGAGGAAAGUACUCGCGUGUGGUCUGUAUGGGCCGACGUCUAUAAGGCCAAAAUAUCCGAGCAUAAGAAGAAGUACAUAUUGAAGGAGCCGAUCGACGGUCUCCGUGUUCACUGGAUCGUCUCCGAGUGGGAGAAGGUGGCCAUAGAGGAGGAGUCGGGGGAGGGGAAGCGGAUCAAGUCCGAGAUCUUAGUGCCGUAUCAGCCGUCGAUACCUUUGCAAAAGUUCCUGACGGCUGUCUGCAGGGAUCUGAACAGGAUCAUACCGCACACGCUACCGAAGAGAGUGCUACAACAAAUCAUUGAAAACAUUAUUACAGAACUAUUUAAUCAUUACCUUAACGCAGCCGAGAACGUAGAUCUCAGGCAGAAGCAAGCGUUUCAAGUGCUUUACGAUAUAAAGUACAGUACGUUGCUCAUGGUGGCGCGCGAAAACAAAGCUCUCAACGAGCUGUCGGCGAGAGCCUGCGAUGCGGUGCUCGCCAAGAUCGAUCCGUUCGACUACGACGUUUUCGAUCCAUUCGUUCGCAUUAACGUGAGAAAAGCCGUUCAGCGAUCUUUGCUGAUAUACGGAAACUUGGUGUCCCACUUGGAACAGUUGCACUCGACCUUGGGCGCGCGCAACGAACAUGCCAGCAGCGAGGCCGGCGGAAAAUCCGAGCCACCGGCGGUGCUCGCGGUUUGCACAGGUGCACCGUGGUUCCCACCGUUGACCGUCACCGCCCCCGCGAGGAAUCUGCCGCUCAUGUCGGUGACGAUGCCCGAUAAGGCGCAGCGCAAGAAAGUAUCGGCGAAAGAAAAUACGAAGAAUGAUUCUGCUAGUGCAACAAUAAAAUCCGGCGCUGCCGCAUUUUUCGGCGCGAUGGGAUCGGAUUGGUUCGGCAGCAGUUAACUAAUCUGUUAACUGUCCUCGUUCCGUGAAACCUGUAAAUAUUGUUACAUAUUAUACAUAUUGUGUAAAUAAUAUGUCGAUAGAAAGCAACUUUUUACCAUGUUACUACUUGUUUUGUAUCAGCCAAAUAAACGAACGAAUCCAUUCACGUGCAUUAUAA